UGAUGCCGACUGCAGUGUGUAUAAUAGCAGCGAGGGCAGCUCCGGGAGUCUAGGAGGAGCUGCAGCAGCAAGGUCCACAACAGCAUCCCACACCGAGAGACAAAAAGACCGUGGCUGGACGGGAUAUAGUCCAGUGGCCGAGCGAGUGAAAGUUGCCGGGAGUAUUUUUUGGAUUUACUGCCGCUCAAGAAGGAGGGGGAGAGUGGCUAAAAGUUUCCAGCCUGUAGCCUCUUGUUCUGAGGCAGCUAACGAGCUACUACCAGUCUCUGAGCGGGCAGAGCAGCGUGUUCUUCCUUGUAAAUAGGAAGACGGUUGAACGUUUGUCACGGGGCGACUCCCGGGCUUCCACACUUAGUUUGUGGGCCACAACGUAUUUUUCCCCCCACACUGCUUCCACGUUCAUUUGUGUUGUUUGUGCCAUGUCAGCGCCAUCCUCCACACCCUCCGCCUCGGCAGAGAGCGCCGCGACGGAUUGUGAUUUUCUAACUCCAGAUGCGGGGCCGAAGCCGCCCGGUCCGACCCCCAGCCAGAGCCGGUUCCAGGUAGACAUAGUGGCUGAGGCUGCGGGCGCCACGGAAGAUAAGUCCCCGAGCUCCGACGCCUCCACCACCGUCCCAUCCAGCGAUGCAGCCACUCCCGCGGCUCCUCUAGAGGGUCCGGGUGCGAAUCCUGGUGUCGGCGGCGGAGAAGAAGCCAAAGGCCGGUUUCGCGUGGUGAACUUCGCGGAUCCCAGUGAAGCGGAGAGCGCGGCCUCUCCGGAGGCGCCGGGUGAUGGACUGCAGAACGGGGACACGGUAAUGAGCGAGACCAGCUUGCAUUCAUCCACGGGGGGCCAGCAUCACUACCACUACGACACCCACACCCACACCUAUUACAUGAGGACUUUUGGCCACAACACCAUCGAUGCCGUGCCCAACAUCGAUUUUUACCGGCAGACGGCAGCGCCGCUCGGGGAGAAACUCAUCAGACCCACCCUGUCGGAGCUGCACGACGAGCUAGACAAGGAGCCCUUUGAGGAUGGCUUUGCCAACGGGGAUGAGCUCACCCCGCCCGAGGAGGCCGCUGCUAAGGAAGCAGUCGACUCCAAAGGAGUGGUCAAGUUUGGCUGGGUUAAGGGGGUGCUGGUCCGCUGCAUGCUGAACAUCUGGGGUGUGAUGCUCUUCAUCCGCAUGUCCUGGAUCGUGGGUCAGUCUGGAAUUGUUCUGUCUUGUUUGAUCGUUGCCAUGGCCACCGUAGUGACAACCAUCACUGGCCUCUCCACAUCAGCCAUCGCCACCAACGGAUUUGUACGAGGAGGUGGAGCAUAUUACUUGAUUUCGAGGAGUCUUGGCCCAGAGUUUGGAGGUUCUAUUGGUCUGAUCUUUGCCUUUGCCAAUGCAGUGGCUGUGGCCAUGUAUGUGGUGGGCUUUGCCGAAACUGUUGUGGAACUUCUUGCCGGUGUAGAUGCCCUUAUGACAGAUGAAGUCAACGAUGUCCGCAUCAUCGGCACCAUCACGGUUAUCAUUCUCCUGGGCAUCUCCUUGGCAGGAAUGGAAUGGGAGGCCAAGGCCCAAAUAUUCUUGCUCAUUGUCCUCAUCGCAGCCAUAUUCAACUACUUCAUCGGAACUUUCAUUCCUCUCAAGUCAAAGGAAUCUAUGGGCUUCUUCGGCUAUGAUGGUACAAUCAUGUGGGAAAACAUGGGCCCUGACUUCCGAGGAGGAGAGACGUUCUUCUCCGUCUUCGCCAUCUUCUUCCCUGCUGCCACUGGUAUUCUGGCUGGAGCCAACAUUUCAGGAGACCUCGCUGACCCACAGCUGGCCAUCCCCAGAGGAACCCUGCUGGCCAUAUUGAUCACAGGAAUAGUCUACCUGGGUGUCGCUGUUUCCACAGGCUCCUGCAUUGUGAGAGACGCCACCGGGAACGCAAACGACACAGUCAGUGCUCAGUUCCUGACGAACUGCACUGACGCCGCCUGCAGAUUCGGCUAUGAUUUCUCCUCGUGCAAGACCGAAAAAGACGGAUGCAGCUACGGACUGCAGAACGACUUCCAGGUGAUGAGCAUGGUGUCUGGUUUCGGGCCAGUCAUCACCGCUGGAAUCUUCUCUGCCACUCUGUCCUCAGCGCUGGCCUCUUUAGUCAGUGCACCUAAAGUUUUUCAGGCUUUAUGUAAGGACAACAUCUACCCCGGCCUGGGCAUGUUUGCCAAAGGCUACGGCAAGAACAAUGAGCCCCUCCGAGGCUACAUCCUGACCUUCGGCAUUGCUCUGGCCUUCAUCCUCAUCGCCAAGUUGAACAUAAUUGCCCCCAUAAUCUCCAACUUCUUCUUGGCGUCCUAUGCCUUGAUCAACUUUUCUGUGUUCCAUGCCUCACUGGCUAACUCACCAGGAUGGCGUCCCAGCUUCAAAUACUACAACAUGUGGGUGUCACUGGCUGGAGCGAUACUGUGCUGUGUGGUGAUGUUCGUCAUCAACUGGUGGGCCGCUCUCAUGACCAACGUCAUCGUCCUGGCUCUUUUUAUCUACGUCAGCUACAAGAAGCCAGAUGUGAACUGGGGCUCGUCGACCCAGGCUCUGACCUACCACCAGGCCCUGACCCACACUCUGCACCUCAGCGGAGUGGAGGACCACAUCAAGAACUUCAGACCCCAGUGUUUGGUGAUGACUGGUUACCCCAACUCUCGUCCAGCUCUUCUGGAUCUGGUCCACUCCUUCACCAAGAACGUAGGCCUGAUGAUUUGUGGUCAUAUUCGAACGGUGAGUAGACACUACUACUUCUUUGUCUUCUUCUUCUUCUUCUUCUUCUUCUUCUUCUUCGGUUUUUAGAAAUAUUAUAUAUAUACAGUAUAUAUAUUAUAAUAUUGAACUUGUUUUAGUGAAAUAUAGUGAAAGUCUUAUGACAUGUUUAAGUUGAAAGUAUGUUCAUUUCAUUGGAUUGUAUUUCAGCAGCACAUGUACAGAUCCUUUACCAGCAUCACAUUAAAUAUGAAUUCAGUAACAUGACAACCAGCGCAUGCACAGUGCAGCCCACACUGCUGCUCUGUCUGAGCCAAAGCACUACAUGCUUUCAGGAAAGUUUUCAUUAUAUUUUAUACAAUACAACAUUGCAGAAUUUAAAAAAUAUAUCCACCAACAAUAUAUUGGCUGAUAUUCAUUUUGAAUGUUACAGAUAGCAUAAUGAAUAUUUGAGCUGACCAGGAUAGAGAAUCUAGUGAGCCGGAUGUUUUACACUUUAACUACACAAGGCUUUCUAAACUGUGAUGGAGAACAUAUCUUUGACAUUUCCUGACUGGCAUUUCUUCUUAACAAUCAGCUGACAUUAUGAAGCAUAUAUACAUGAAUAUUAGGGGUGGGGGGAAAAAUCGAUACAGCAUAGUAUCGCGAUAUUUUGCGUGGCGAUAUUGUAUCGAUACACGGACGCCAAGUA